AUGUCUCGAACUCUGACAGUCAAAAAGAUUCCCGGCAAGCCCGGACAGGUCUAUUACCCCCUACAGCUGACUCAACGCCCGAUCCCGAAGCCGGGCCCCGGUGAGCUGCUUGUCAAGCUCCAUGCUGCCGCGCUCAACCACCGCGACUUCUUCAUCCGCCAGCACCUAUACCCGGGCAUCUCCUUCGACAACCCGCUUCUGGCGGACGGCUACGGCACCGUCGUCGAGGCCGGGCCCCAAACCAACAAGUCUGGUCUCCUGCACAAGCCCGUGCUACUGACGCCGUGCCGCGGCUGGGAUAGCCACCCGGAUGGGCCGGAGGACUUCUACAAGUUUGCCGUCAUCGGCGGCGCAACGGCGUACGAGUUCGGCACUGCUCAGGACUACAUCGUGGUGCACGAGUCCGAGGUUGAGGCGGCACCAGCGCACCUGAGCCCCGCUGAAGGCGCUGCACUGCCGCUGGUCGGGCUGACCGGGUGGCGGGCCUUCGUAACCAAGUCCGGCAAUGCUCUGCCGGGCCGCAACAUCCUGGUCACCGGCAUCGGCGGCGGCGUGGCGCUGCAGGUGCUGCAGUUCGCCGUCGCCAUGGGCUGCAACGUCUACGUAACGUCGGGCACCGCGGACAAGAUCGAGAAGGCCAAGAAGAUGGGCGCCAAGGGCGGCGUGAGCUAUCGCAUCAAGGACUGGGACAAGGAACUCGCAAAGCAGCUGCCCAAGGACCGCCCGUACCUGGACGCCAUCAUCGACGGCGCUGGUGGGGAUAUUGUGAAGAAGGCGUAUCGGAUCCUGAAGCCGGGCGGCGUCAUCUCGUGCUAUGGCAUGACCACAAGCCCCAAGAUGGACUGGGUCAUGCAGGCUGUCAUGAAGCAAGUGGAUCUCAAGGGCAGCACCAUGGGGUCGCGAGUCGAGUUUAAGGAGAUGGUGGACUUUGUGCGCGAGAAGCGGAUCCACCCGAUUGUCAGUCGCACAGUCAAGGGACUGGAUAACCUGAAAGAUAUCGAUGGGCUGUUCGAGGAUAUUAGAGACGGGAAACAGUUUGGCAAGUUGGUUAUUGAGAUAUCGGAGCCCGAGGGAGGGCAGAAAUCGAAGUUGUAA